AAACGUUCACGAAGAGAACAGAGAAAAAGAAGAGAAGAAGAAGCAGAUAACCAAGCUUCGAAUAACGUCGGCUUGGACGCUCGCCCCUUCGGCCUAACAAAAGAACGAGAUAGGAAGAGAACGUAUCUUCUCUCCGUUGCUAAGAAACUGUUUACGUAGUGUGACGGAAAGAAGAAGCUAGCGCCCAAUGCUUUUGUUCUUGUCCCUACUCGCGAACUGUGUCAACAGGUGUAUGCGGAAGUGUUGUCGCUGUUUUUUUGGGGGUGGUUGGAGUUAUGCAGAGUUCAACUGAAAGUUGUGCAGCUGAAUAGCAACAUGCUUGCUAAUGACUUGCGGGCAGCAUUGGCCGGACCUCCUGAUAUUUUGAUCUCCACUCCUGCUUGCGUAGCGAAGUGUUUGUCCGGUGGCAUACUUAAGGCGGCAUCCAUUAACGAAUCCCUUGAAACUCUUGUUCUUGAUGAGGCCGAUCUUCUUCUAUCCAUAUGGGUAUUGAAUGAUUUAAAAGCUUUAACACCUCAUGUUCCCAGAAGUUGCCAGUGUCCUAUGUCUGCAACAUCAAGUGCGGAUGUUGACAAACUAAAGAAGUUGAUUCUGCACAACCCAUUUAUUUUGACUUUGCCUGAAGUGGGAAAUAAUAAGGAUGAGAUCAUUCCUAAAAGUGUUCAGCAGUUUUGGAUCUCAUGUUCUACCAGUGACAAGUUACUUUACAUCCUUGCUGUGUUGAAGUUGGGGUUGGUCCAAAAGAAAGUCCUUAUAUUUACAAAUACCAUAGACAUGAGUUUCAGAUUGAAACUAUUCUGGAAAAGGUAUUUUGGGAUCAGAUCUGCUGUUUUAAAUCCUGAGUUGCCUCAGAAUUCCCGUCUUCAUAUUCUGGAGGAAUUCAAUGCGGGCCUAUUUGAUUAUCUAAUUGCAACAGAUCUUAGUCAGUCAAAGGAAAAGGAUGAAGUGUCUAAGGAAAGUAAUGUUGUAUCACGGAAGUCUAGAAAACGUGCUAAAGUAAAAUUAGAUUCUGAAUUUGGAGUUGUAAGGGGAGUUGACUUUAAAAAUGUAUUCACGGUUAUAAACUUUGAAAUGCCUCAAAAUGUUGAGGGAUAUGUUCAUCGAAUUGGACGAACAGGAAGAGCAUACAAUUCUGGUACUUCUGUCUCUCUGGUUUCUCCGGAUGAGAUGGAUACUUUAGAAGAAGUAAGAUCUUUUGUUGGAGAUGACGAAAACAAAGGCACAAGUUCUGUUGCCGAGUUUCCCCUUCUCACCAAGAAUGCCGUUGAAUCUCUACGGUAUAGAGCUGAGGAUGUUGCCAAGAGUGUAACCAGAAUUGCAGUCCGAGAAUCACGAGCCCAGGAUUUGAGGAAUGAAAUUUUGAACUCUGAAAAGUUGAAAGCCCAUUUUGAGACUAAUCCAAGAGACCUAGAUCUACUGAAGCACGACAAAGUUUUGAGCAAGAAUGCUCCACCUCCGCACCUGCGUGAUGUGCCUGACUACCUAUUAGACAAACAAACGAAAGAGGCAAGGGAAAUGGUCAAACUUGCGAGGGAUGCAAUGGGAAAUAAUAAUCGCCGCAAAGGAUCCAAGAGAAAAUUAAGAAAAGAUGGAGACCCUCUGAAGGCUAUCUCCGCUCUGGCAUCAAAAAGACCGCGCAAAGUUAGGAAGACUGGUGGAAGCGAUGGCAACGAUGGCAGUGAUAGACAUAAACGCAAAAAGAACAAGGGUUUAUGAUUGAUUUACCCUUUUCAAAGCCUUAUAACAGGCUCAAUUUUGUUGUAAUUUAGUUCCAAAUAUCCUAAAUCAAAAAUAGUAAAAAGUAUUAGAAUUGUUAUUCCCUUUAUACCGUGUAGGAUCUAAAGCUAGUAAUUCUUGUUACAAAAUCAAGUUUUGCUUAUUGAAACCAUAAUUUCGCAUUCGUUGUAUCUCU